CUAGUGUACUGAAAACACUGCAGGGUGUAAGAAGGAAGAUGAAAGAGUCUGAUAAUCAAUGCAGGACGCUGCAGGUGACCAUGCCAAAUCUUUCGCAUACCCCAGCAGAUAUAGAGUUCAACAUUACUCUGAAAGUGUCUCAAGGGAUGAUGUCUAAAAAAAAAACAAUCCUGAAAGAUGUGUCUGGGCUGUUUAAGUCAGGAGAACUCACAGCUAUUAUGGGUCCAUCAGGAGCAGGAAAAACUUCUUUAUUAAAUGCUCUCACUGGGUUCGCGACCCAUGGCGUAACAGGCACAAUACGCAGCGGCGAUAAACUAUGCGAAUUGGGAGAUAAAAACUCAACGGCUGCUUUAAAAGAAUACAGAAAAAAAACGUGCUACAUCUUGCAAGAUGACAGACUAAACCCGCUGUUCACAGUCGAGGAGCACAUGUGGUUCGCUGCUGACUUGAAACUUGGUAACUGUCUCACCGAGAAGCUAAAGCUGUCUGUGAUUGACGGUAUCCUGGAUACCUUGGGUCUGGCACAUACGAAGAACACCAAAUCUAGCCGCCUCUCAGGGGGUCAGAGGAAGCGAUUGUCUAUAGCACUGGAACUCAUAGACAAUCCUCCCGUAGUAUUUCUGGACGAGCCGACCACAGGUUUAGACAGCUUGACAACGACACAGUGUGUAGAAAUGUUAAAGAGCCUGGCGCAAGGUGGUCGUACUAUAGUCUGUACUAUACAUCAACCUACUGCUACAAUAUACUCCAUGUUUGAUCAGGUGUAUUUAUUAGCAGAGGGCAUGUGUAUAUACGACGGUUCAAGUGGUGACACGGUGCCGUACCUCGCAUCUGCCGGCCUGCAGUGCCCAAAGUACCACAACCCUGCAGACUAUAUUUUAGAAGUAGCCAGUGGUGACUAUGGAAAUUUCAACGAGAUUCUCGCAGAGAAACGUGAACAGGCUGAAAAAGUAGCUCCUGUGGUUAAUACUAACGAAACCAAAGUGCAAAGCCUCUCUUGUGGCAAAAUUGACAUCAUUCUCAAUCCUCCACACGAGUUAUAUAAGUUCUUCAUUCUCUUUACACGAUGUAUAAUUCAACUACACAGAGAUUGGUCAGUCACCUAUUUAAAACUAUUACUUCACGUACUUAUUGGGAUAUUCGUGGGCCUCUUGUUCCAAGACGCAGGCAGCGAUGGUUCUAAAACCAUCAACAAUAUGGGCUACCUACUCGCUUCGAUGACAUACCUUACCUACACGUCUCUUAUGCCUGCUGUACUUAGAUUUCCCACAGAAUUGGCGGUUCUCAAGAAAGAAAACUUUAACAAUUGGUAUAGCUUGAAAACAUAUUAUAUUGCCGUACUAAUCACCAGCAUACCUUUGCAGAUUUGCUACAGUUUUGUGUAUACUGCGCCUUCGUACUAUCUGACUGGACAACCUCAGGAGUUAUAUCGAUUUGCUAUGUUCGCUCUGGUGUUGGCAAUCGUGACGGUACUAGCCGAUGCUAUUGGCAACGUUAUAGGAAGCUGUACUGAUCCUGUGAACGGCACAUUCUUCGGUGCUGUAUUGACGGCGGCUAUGAUCCUGUACUCUGGUUAUGUGGUCCUGUUCUCGGAUAUGAGCGCUACAAUGCGCGCUGUCUCCCACAUCUCAUUCAUGAAGUAUGGAUUUGAAAGUAUGGUGCUAUCCGUAUACGCAUAUGGGAGACCGCCAUUACCUUGUCCUGAAACUAAAGAUUAUUGUCCUAUAAGACAUCCUACAGAACUAAUGAAGAUAUUCAGCUUCGAUAAGGACAACUACUGGUCGGACAUAGCUGUGUUGUUUGUGGCAAACAUUAUCAUCAGAAUUAUAGCGUACCUAACAUUGAAACGGACAAUUAAAAGUACUGUAAGAGCAUAAAUUCAAUGUUUAGGUAUAUCAGUGCAUGCAUUUAUAU